GGUAAUGUUUACCACAAGGAGAUUUCAUUGCAGCCGAAAAGGGGUUGUGGCAACAAGUUCCUUAGCUGGGCUGUGUCUUCUACAAAUGGACUUGGAAUUGCUCACUUCACUCUCAAUGGAAUUUUUUGCCACUUGCCUUGUGGCAUAUACACCACUAGCUAAGCAAGCUGUUCGAUUCACUUACAGAUCAUGAUUUUGGAAGGAACUGGCAGAAUGAGUAUCAAUUCCAGCAGCAAUCUACUCCACCAGCAGCCUUCUUGGACAGAUGGAUAUCCCACAUGUAAUGUGCCUGGCAGUUUCUAUGGAACUCAGUGGCAUGAGAUACACCCUCAAUACUGGACCAAGUACCAAGUGUGGGAGUGGCUACAGCAUUUCCUGGAUACCAACCAGCUGGAUGCCAACUGCAUACCUUUCCAGGACUUUGACAUCGAUGGCGAACAUCUAUGCAGCAUGACUUUGCACGAAUUCACCCAGGCAGCUGGGAGAGCCGGCCAACUUCUUUACAGCAACCUUCAGCACCUAAAAUGGAAUGGUCAGUGUGGCAGUGAAAUGUACCCAUCACAUAAUGUCGUUGUUAAAACAGAACAAACAGAGUUAUUGGACAGUAAAACUUUCUGUCGUGAACAGAUUUCCACGACUACUACCAGUCACCAGCCUCUUGAGUCUUCAGAUGAGAAAAAAACACAAGAUCAUCCCCCAAAGUCCCACACCAAGAAGCACAAUCCUCGAGGAACUCACCUCUGGGAAUUUAUCAGAGAUAUUCUCCUGAAUUCAGAGAAGAACCCAGGAUUAAUAAAGUGGGAAGACCGAUCUGAAGGUGUCUUCAGGUUCUUAAAAUCUGAGGCGGUGGCUCAGCUCUGGGGAAAGAAGAAAAACAAUAGCAGCAUGACUUAUGAGAAACUCAGCCGGGCCAUGAGAUACUAUUACAAAAGAGAAAUACUGGAGCGUGUGGAUGGCCGGAGAUUAGUCUAUAAAUUUGGAAAGAAUGCCGGUGGCUGGAGAGAAAAUGAGAAUUGAAGAUGUCAACAAAAACAGCAGCAAAAUCUUCUGGAUGUAAAUAUUUCAAAGACUGUUCCCUUCUAUUUAUGUACCAAAAUGGGGGAAAAAAAACUACUUCUAACAGGAAGAAGGAACACUAUCAUUGGUGUCAAAAUUAUUUUAGUCGAAGUAUGUCCUUUAUGGGGAAAAAAUGUACACAGUUUUCUGUGAUAUAUGGUAACUAUGAUUGUGAUUAAUUUUCCCAUUUUAUGAAGUUUUUUUUUAUAUAGUGUAGGAGUAAUGUGAUUUAUGACAAUGCUGUGAGUCAUGCAGAUAAAGGGGGGAAUCAUGGGGCAUUACGUAUUUUUAUGAGUAAAAUAAUUUAAAAUAAGGCAGCCUGUGAAAAAUAAUGAUUUCCAAUGUUGCUUAUCUUUGUAAGAGGACUCCCGGGUGAUUGUUCAGUUCAGAUCAUAUUAUUUCAACUGUGGAUACCUGUGGAGUAUGAAGUAACAUACGACAGCAUGCCUCAUGUAGCUAUCCCACAACAGCUGCACAUGCUGGAGCAUGUUAGUACACUUAGAAAGUGAACUUUGAGUGGAUAACAUAGUAAGCAUCUCUGAGCCAUGCGGUGGUUUUAAUAGAUUCCUAGGCCAGAAGGGACCUUUGUGAUCACCUAGUCUGACCUCCUGUAUAACACAGGCCAUAAAACUUCCCCAAAAUAAUUCUUAGAGCAGAUCUUUUAGAGAAAUACCCAAUCUUGAUUUAAAAAUUGUCAGUGAUGGAAAAUCCACCACAACCCUUGGUAAAUUAUUCUAGUGGUUAAUUACACUCACUGUUAAAAAUGUACACCUUAUUUCCAGUCUGAAUUUGUCUAGCUUCAAUUUCCAGACACUGGAUUCUGUUAUACUUUCCCUUUAUUAAAUGUUUGUUCCUUGUGGAGGUACUUAUAGAAGCAAAUGUUCCAUAAUCACCUGGGUUGUAAUUUUGUUGUCCAAUAACAAGUGUUCCAUCUCUCCUAUCAAUUUCUGAGUACCUUAACAUUCGGCUGGCCUCCCUUUGCUUCAGUUACUUCAGAUGCUGGGUUAUUCUUCAGUUAGUUUAUGACAGUAACAGUAGUGAACUGCAGGGAAAGCAUUGUGUGACUAUGAGCAUUUCUUUGGAGAACUUGUAAUAGCUCUUAUAUUGGUUAGGACUGGAUCCUGCAAGGUGCUAAAGUACUUCCUGCCUGGUGCUGAAUGCCCUCUAUCUUCAUUAACGCCAGCGAGCACGCAGCAUGUCCCAUGAUAAGGGCCCUAGAUUUUUUUCCUACUUUGAGGUGGACUGCUAGGCUGACAUAGCCUCAAGGAUCAAAAGCCAUAAAAAAAAGACACAUCUAACAGGCAAACUUAUUUAAAGGAAACAACUGUUCAAAUUGCAGAUGCGUCAAAGGUUACCGUAUCCAAGUAGAAAUAGAGAAAAAUGUUUUCCAGUGGUGGUUUAAAACAUUUGAGAGCAUAUGGGAGAAACUGGAGAGGGAUUAGACAAGCAUUGAGGGUGGGCUGGUGGGAACAGUGCAAGGCAGGAAAGCUAACUUGGUGGUGAAUGAGUGCAGGGAGGGAGUCCUAAUUUCUUCAAAUGAAGGCCCGCUGUUCCCUCUGGCAGGCAAAAGUUCACCUGAGAAGGAGCUUCCAGAACACUGCCAAGGAAUGCAAAGCACCAUUGCACUUACUCUAUGAUUUCACCCAGUACUUCCCAAACACUGCUAGCAAGGGAGCGUCUACUUUUUUGUAAUAUCUGUCACUUCUUCCUGUGAUUCUCAGUUGGAUGAAAAACUCUCUCUACACAUUGUAAUAAUCAGAAACUAGCUCAUACCAAUCAUAUUCAGACUGGGGAAGUUCAGGUCUGGGUCUUCUGGCCCUUCUCUCGUGGCAAUCAUGCCAUACAGGGAGUGAGCAUGCACUUCUAGCUCUCAUUUGCUCUUGGUUAAAAUCUCUUCCUUAACACAUCAAACAUUUCAGAAUGCAGGGAAGUAAAAAAUAUGGAGGCAGCCCUGUAUCAUGGCAUUGGGAACAGAAGGGAUGCUGAAGAUCAGGAUUUUGUAAAAGGGUGAGGUUAGGAUCCAAUCUGAGAUGAUGAUGGAGGAAGUAAGAAACUGAGAUAGAUUCUAAUUAACGUUUUUUUAGGGGUGGGGAUAUUGCAAAAAAAAAAAAAAAAAAAAAAAGUCAACGAUGAGAGUCAUACAAAGCGUGCAGAGGCUGGACAAAAAAACAUAACAAAACAAAAAACAGUGAGACAAGAAUGCUACCACAGCUGUGUUAAUGUAGAAGCAAGAGCUAUCGGGAAAAUAGCAGGAAAAUUAUUAAGGUUACAUCUGCCCGGGCAAUAUCUGUCUCCCUGGGCAUCCAUUGGGUCCAAAUCCAAACAUGCUUGAAACCCAACAGGGUUGAGCCUCAGGUACUAGUUCUGCAGGUUUCUAGUUUGAAGGGAAGAAGGCUGUAAAAGAAUAUAGAGUUGAAACCCAGAGUUAAGGGAGGAUCAAUAGAAAAGGCACUAAAAUGUGCUUACCAACACCCUACAGAAAACACAAGAGCCCAGUUUGUUACCUGUAUGCACAGGAUACAUCAAACCAUUACACCACCUCCUGCACAGUGCAUGCCAGAGCUGUCAAUAUCAAUUAUCUGUACAUGGCAAUUUUUACUUUUCAUUAGUUGGGUGGAGAGAAGUUCGUCUUAUUUACAAAAUUGGGUCAUAAAACUUCAAAGCAAUUUUUUUCUAAACAUAUUUUUUUUUUUCUAACUGGGCAUUUCUCCUAGCAUUGUUUGCUUUUGCUCAGUUCAUUCAUUUCCUCUUUGUUUUUUAGCUUGAUUGGUUGCAUUCUGUCCUCUUUAUCAUCAUAUGUGGUCUGAAUAGCUAUAGAUAUUAGGCUAUCAAAUCAGAAUGAUACCUUCAGUGUAUAAAACGCGUGUGCCAGAAACCUUCAAUGUUACUUUCUGCCAUCUCCUUCAUGCUUUUUGUCCUCCAUGUCUCCAAUGCAAUCUUUAGACAAGAGACACUUUGGGUGAAAACCUGACCACACUGAAGUCAAUGGUAUAAUUACUAUUGACUUUCGGGGGUGGGGGGGUCAGGAUUUCAUUCAUUUUGGAGGCAUAAAGAAGUGGUAGGUGAGGUGUUGGUAGCAAUAUAAUUAUUGUUCUCUGCCUCAGGUUAACAUAGAUCUCAUGGCAACCGAAUGUAAUAAUAUCCUGUAGUAAUGCUGCUUUGCACCAGACCUGAAGGGAAACAACAAUGAGAUUGCAAUAUACAUUUGUCACCCCUUCCAUGGCACUGAAUUUAUUAUUUAGCAGCAGCUAAACCUAUCUGGGGAGUCUUUAGGGUUCUAUAUAGCAAAACACAUGAACUAUUAAAAUAAAACAAAUAUUUUAAAAAGCUGACCUUUGCUUGGAGGUGUAUUGUAUAAAAUUUAGGGAGCGAUUUCUCCUGAGCUGCAAUCUAGUCCUCCAUUGGAAUAUUUACCAAUAGGUGAGAAUCAUGCAAGCAAAAUUUUCCACUGUUAAACUUGUCAUUUGAGAGUGGAAACUUGUCAUUUGACUUUGUAACUGCACAGAUUUAGAAAGGAAGCCAUCUGACACUUGCUGUUUUACAAAUGUCAGCCUUUGCCUAACACAGAUAAAGUGGAUUUCUUAAGACUGAUUCCUGCCAUGUACAAAUGCAGCCACGCAAAGGUGAACCAUUUUAAGCAGUCCUAACCAAAGCAAGAUAAUGAAGAUAUGAAUGUUUAUAUAAAUUGCUAUUUAAAGAAAAAGCAUUUCUGAGAUUGCUCUUUUUACUUUGUAUUGCAAAGAGCUGAGCAGUCACUUUUUAAAAAGAUGUAUAUUUUAGGUUAGCAGCAGCAGCAGAACUGCUAACACCAUAUGUAUAGAUUUUUAUUGUAUCAUAAUUUUUCAUAUGUACAAAACUCUAUAGGAAAAAGUAAUUAUACUAUAUUUAUAUAGUUGCAUGCCAAUCAGUAAUGUCAAAAGUGGUGUUAUCAACAACAAUCACUCUUAGGAUAUAUUUUCUGUAGAUAAGUAGAGCAAGUUUCUUAAAGAAACAUCCUGAGAGCUGUAUGUAUGUUGGUGAAAUAUAUAGACAUGACAAUGCUUAGUUAAAUUUUCAUCUCUCUCUUCAUCAAAUUGCAUAAUCUCAGCUUCCCUUUCAUUCCAUCUUCAGUGUUUAAAUAUGGAAAAAUAUAUGUUAUCAGGUAUUUUGGUGUUUCUAUUCAUAUUAUACGUAGCAUAGAAGUGCCACACAGUUCUAAACACUUUCUAUGUUAAAUGGAUGUUAUCAAAUAA